CUGACCGCGACAUACACGACAAUCCGCCGAUCGAACACCCGCACCUCCUUCACCUGCACGACACAUUCUCAUCAUGAGCGGGCGACCAGCGCCCCAGGCGCAACGGCCCAUCGACGACGACUCGGACGCGGAAGAGGAGGCACUUGCGAAUGAUUACCGGGAGCAGGUUGGCUACGAAGAUGGACAGGAAUAUGACCUCGACCGAUCAUCAUCCCUCGGCGGCGCACAAGAUCUGCAGGCACAACUGGCAGCGGCAGCAACACCACUGGAGUACGGCGCCUCGAUCGAGUUGAAGACACAAAGCUACGACAGCUACUGCAACCUUUUCCACUACAUCCUCAACAGUGAGGGUCCCGUGGACAUUGAAGUGCCUUCGCGACAAUACUACUGGGCGUGGGACGUCAUUGACGAGUUCAUCUACCAAUUCAACUCCUUCUGCUCAUACCGCCAACGAGUCGCAUUUCAGCAAGGUCAACCCAACGCGAGCGCCUCGGACGAUGAAGUUGCCAUGCUCCGUGACAACCCGAACACCUGGGGAUGCUACUCGGUGCUCAACGUUCUCUACUCGCUCAUCCAGCGAUCCCAGAUCAGCGAGCAAUUGGCCGCACGAAAGAGAGGAGAGGAUCCCGCACCAUAUGCCGGCGAUUACGGCAACCGCCCACUGUACCAAAUGUUGGGCUACUUCUCCAUCAUCGGUCUGCUGCGUGUACACUGCUUGCUCGGAGACUUCAGCUUGGCUCUCAAGACUCUCGACGACAUCGAGCUGAACAAAAAGGCCAUGUUCGCGCGUGUCAUGGCUGCCAACUUCACGACAUACUACUACGUUGGAUUCUCGUAUAUGAUGAUGCACCGCUACGCCGAUGCCCUCCGCGCAUUCAACCACAUCCUCAUCUACGUCUCGCGCACCAAGAACUUCCAGAAGGGUGCCCAAUACGACAGCAUCUCCAAGAAGAACGACCAAAUGUACGCACUCGUGGCCAUUUGCGUGGCAUUCCACCCAACCCGAUUGGACGACACCAUCCACACCGCUCUCCGUGAGAAGUACGGCGAGCAGCUCACGCGCAUGCAGCGUGGUGGUCCCGAGGCUCUGCCCAUCUUCGAGGAGCUCUUCCGUACCGCAUGCCCCAAGUUCAUUUCACCGACACCUCCCGACUUUGAGAACCCUCACCUCAACCCCGAUCCGAUCGAGCACCACCUUUCCAUCUUCAUGAACGAAGUCAAGAACAACAUCUUUGCGCCUACCGUCCGCAGCUACCUCAAGCUCUACACCACUAUGGACCUUACCAAGCUCGCCGGCUUCCUCGAGGUUGACCCAGACACUCUUCGCAGCUGGCUCCUCGUCAACAAGCAACGCAGCCGACAAGUGCGUCACACUGAUGGCGGCUUGUUGGAGGGUGAGGUCGUGAACUCGAGCGACCUGGACUACUCCAUGGAGGGUGACCUUAUCCACGUUUCCGAGGCAAAGGUUGGACGGAGACUGGUAGACUGGUAUCUGAGGAAUUUGGCAAGGACGUAUUGAGAUGGGGGUCUGAAUUCAUGAAAAAGCAAUCUCGGAAUACGCGAUGAAGGUCAGGGAGAGCCUGCGUGUAAGAGCACGGAAAGCAUAGCCAGGCGUUUCAAGGAGGGUCCGAAUUUCAUGCGAUGCUCUCGCAUGUGGCAGGGUGUGGGAAGCGGGCGAGACACGUCGAAGCAGUGUUCAGCUGCUAUGAUGAACAAAGACGUUGAAGCCUGCGCAGUGAAAGAUGCUGCAUUUGCAUGGCCUGGCC